AUGGCAUCUCUCGCCCGGUUAACGUCCCUGUCAACGCAGACAUUGUCCCUUCUCCUCGAACGCCAGAGAUUGCAGACACUGUCGAACCCAAAUGCCUCAUCAUUACACGUCCCACAGAUCGCACGUAACAUGCAGCAGUUGCAUGUGGGCGUGCUGCAGCUGGAGCAGAACGACGGAAGGUCGGAGGCGGUCAAUCUGCUACGAAGCCAGUACGAGCGAAUGAGAGACAUGCUGGGCUCGGAUGCGGACGUUGCGAACGUGCCAAAGUUUGUGGCACGAGAGUCACCGCAGACAAGCGCAGAGGCGUCGGUGUCCUCAUCCUCCCUGCCUUCACCGCCAGUAUCCGCCGCUCCGCUUCCAGUGCCAAUCAAGGACGACGAGCCAGCCUAUGUGCCGUAUACCGACGAUCCCGAGGCUGCAUACCCCUCUCAUGAAGAGAUGCUUCAAGCGCAAAGACAAAUGAUGGAUGAGCAAGACGUCCACCUAGACCGACUCUCCCAGUCCGUCAAUCGGCAACGAGACAUCUCGCUUCAUAUCAAUGACGAGCUCGAGGUGCAUACCGGCCUAUUAGAGGACCUGGAUAUCGAGAUGGACAGGACGGGCGGCAGGCUGAGUGGGGCACGACGCCGCUUGGAUCGUGUUGCGAGAGGUGCCAAGGAGAAUGGCUCAACGGUUAUGAUUGCCCUGCUCAUCCUUGUGUUGCUAAUUCUCAUAAUCAUAUUCAAGACAUGA